GUGCCAUUGGCUUUCUAAUUUCCUCCAUCCAAUUCACAAAUAUCCAUUCCCUUCAACAUCGCAUUUCUUCUUCACUCAUAGUAUAUCUUCCCUUUCUCUUAUCCCUCUUCACUCUUCAUUUUGUUCGAUCACCAUGGCUUCUGCAGUAAGUGCUAUAGUCUCCCUCCCAUCUUCUAAAUCCGCUGCAAUUUCAACAAGAACAUCCCUCAUCACUCAAGAACGAGUCUCCUUCACAAAGGUGCCAUAUUACAAGAAUGUGUCAUCAAAUGUUAAGUCGCUAUCAAUUAGAGCUCAAGUUACAACAGAAGCUCCUGCUAAAGUAGAGAAAAUUUCAAAGAAACAAGAAGAAGGUGUAGUUACAAAUAAAUAUCGCCCAAAGGAACCUUACGUUGGUAGGUGUCUUCUCAACACCAAGAUCACCGGCGACGAUGCCCCUGGUGAAACUUGGCACAUGGUCUUCACAACCGAAGGUGAGAUCCCAUAUAAAGAAGGACAAUCCAUUGGUGUAAUUCCCGAUGGAAUUGACCCAAAGAAUGGAAAGCCACACAAAUUGAGAUUGUAUUCCAUUGCGAGUAGUGCUCUUGGUGACUUCGGAGACUCCAAAACUGUUUCAUUGUGUGUAAAAAGACUAGUCUACACCAAUGACGCAGGAGAAGAAGUUAAAGGAGUUUGCUCUAACUUCUUAUGCGACUUGAAGCCUGGAGCAGAGGUGCAAAUAACAGGUCCAGUUGGAAAAGAAAUGCUUAUGCCAAAGGAUCCUAAUGCAACUGUUAUAAUGCUUGCAACAGGAACUGGUAUUGCUCCAUUUCGAUCAUUUAUGUGGAAAAUGUUCUUCGAGAAACACGAAGACUAUAAAUUUAACGGAUUGGCAUGGCUCUUUUUGGGAGUUCCCACAAGUAGUUCAUUGCUAUAUAAAGAGGAAUUUGAGAAAAUGAAGGAGAUGAAACCGGAUAACCUAAGAGUUGACUUUGCUGUGAGUAGAGAACAAACUAAUGAGAAGGGUGAAAAGAUGUACAUUCAAACAAGAAUGGCUCAAUAUGAUAGAGAGCUAUGGGAAUUACUCAAGAAAGACAACACGUUUGUGUAUAUGUGUGGGCUUAAGGGUAUGGAGAAGGGUAUUGAUGACAUUAUGGGUACAUUGGCUGCUGAAGAUGGGAUUGAUUGGGUAACAUACAAGAAGCAGUUGAAAAAGGAAGGACAAUGGAAUGUGGAGGUGUAUUAAGUGGUUAUGUUCCUUUUUGUACAAAUACAGCCCUCUCUUUGUAGAUAGCUUUGGAUGCUUAUUUCGAGUGCCCAAAACGCAACAAGUACAGAAGGAUAUGGAAGUAAUCAUGGCAUUAUGUGAGAGCAUUUGACUUCACCAACGAAAAAAGUGUACUAAUGAUAACAAAUGGUUCUUCCUUUGCCACAAUUUAUAUGUUAUGGUGCAUGUGUUUUUAAUUCCAUUUGUAUCCAAAGUCAUUCUCUUACAUUAUAUUCAAGAUAGGGUCAUUGGUUCGA